UCCCAUCCAGGGACAACCCUGCUAAACUUCAGAAGCAAGCCAGCAGUGGUAUGAAGGGUGGUAUGCUGCUGGCAUUUUAUCACAGCACUGGUAAACCAAACUAUGGUUGAAUAACUCCCUAACCAACAUGGCUGAUCUUUGGACCGUCACAGGAAGGUUCAAACCAUUAUAGUAUUCAAGUUCUACGCUCGGCGUACCCCGGGCCAGGUUAAUCGAAUUCGCCCAAUGUGCCUCCUUAAAAUAUCAAAUUACGCUGUAGCAAGGAGGCAGCGCAUGCGUGGUCUUUCAGUGCGUCCGGUAGAGCCGUAAACUAGUUUGACAUUUCGCUAAGAUUAGUGAAGUGAACAACACACGUCUUAUGUUUUUACACGAGUCCGGUCGGAGGAAUGAACGAGAUUUUAGGUGUGGGUCUUAAAAUGGGAUUGUUUUUGCACGUUGUAGCUGUCAGCCCCUCCGACGCGACAUUAGACGAGAGCCUUCUGCACUGUGAGGGGCUGAACAACCAGAGCUACGUCUGCGAAUCAGGACACUGCUGUGGGGAGUCACAGUGCUGCAGUUACUACUAUGAACUCUGGUGGUUCUGGCUGGUGUGGGUCAUCAUCUUCAUCCUGAGCUGCUGCUGCGUGUGUCACCACCGGCGCACCAAGCACCGGCUGCAGCAGCAGCAGCGCCAGCAUGAGAUCAACCUCAUCGCCUACCGCGAGGCGCACAACUACACCUCCCUUCCGUUCUACUUCAGGUUUCUUCCAAAUUCCCUCCUACCUGACUACGAGGAGGUGGUAAACCGCCCUCCAACCCCUCCCCCUCCCUACAGUGUCUUCCAUACAGUCAGCCCCAUGCCCACGGACCCACAGGACGGCCUGGGACUGGGACACUGCCCGAGCAUCCAGACCACUCCGGUGCCCCCAGUGUCCGACACCCUUUGCUCCAGGCGGAGCCUGGAAGAGCCCCACUGCAUUGGGGUUCCCACCAUUGGCUACAACAGACACAAGGCAGACAAUAGGCCUCAGGAGCCCCAGGAUGGUGGACCAGCGCUAGGGCCCCAGGAGGCCUCUACAGAGGAGCCUAGUGGCCCAGAGAAGAGUUGCAAGGAGCCCCUGUUACUCGGGGACCUAGGGGGGCCCGAGAGCUGUGCCCAGGAGGACAAAGAUAAUAGGGGGGCUCUUGGGCGGCGGCGCCGUUUCACGGGUGACUCGGGUAUCGAGGUGUGCGUAUGUGACCGUGGUGGUAGUACAAGUAUUGGAAGCCAGGAGGGCAAGGAGCUGAGGGAGAAGGAUAGCCUAAUGGGGGAGAAGGUUGAGGAGCAGGAAGGAGGAGACUUCUGCGAUGGGUGCGGUCACCCCGCUCCGGGAGUAGAAGAGGAGCUAGCCCUGGAUGGACCCGAAAGUAGGUCGGAGUGCGGGUCGGCAACAGGAUCCACCUCCCUGCCACCACCCGCCAUGACACAACCCACCCAGCCCCCGGUGUGCCUGCUCCUCCACACCAUCAACGAGCUUGAGGGGACCCCUCACCAUGGCAACAGCACAGAAGCCCAGGGCUGAGCUACGCUAAGCUAAAGAACAUCUUCACAGAGGAGGGAGAGAGAACCAGGAGUGGGAGUCAAGACUUUUGUGUGUGUGUGUGACUGUCUGAGAUAUUGUGUGUGUGUGUGUGUGUGUGACGAGUAGGAAGUUGUAUUUUAUCCCAGAGUCUGGACUUAAAAGCCUGAUGUUGAUAGCUAAAGCCCAUUUGGCAUACUGUAAUGGUGGCCUUAACUGCAAUGUACAAGGAGACCGGAGGAGAGGUUUAGCCUAUCAACAACCGACCUACAGACUGCAUAAAUCUCCUCCUUUGUCUGCCUUUGCCAAGAGGAGGCGAAAGGAGAUUGUGUAAAGACUUAUGCAAGCUGGAGGAGAUUGAUAGUCUGGUCAGUGGAUGCUGACCUGACGUUUGGUGCGACCAGUAUAGUGUAAGUAUACACUGGUGCAACUCUAGCCUGGUCCCAGAUCAGUUUGUGCUGUCUUGCCAACUCCUAUGCUCAGUGUACCAAGCUACUGGAAAUCAUUGCAGCUACUUCCUGUGUCUGUUCACAGGAAGUAACAUCCUGGACAAAUACACUGAAGCGGUACAGGAACAUUGUCAAGCAGUGCAGUGUAGAUCGUCAUGGCGACGAUGUAUGCUUCUGUAAUGUGAUAGUCCCAGUCGGUAUGAAAUAGAACAUGGUGGCCCUGCCUGCCUGUGGGGAAAACAACCCAUGGUUACUUUGGUUACCCCGUUGGCUCACAGCAAAAACUUGACCUUUUUCCAAAAGCUAUUUUCUUGUCUGCUUGUCUUAGUCAAUUACAAAACUACAUUUAAGAAAAGUACAACAUGUGUAAAGAUUACUAUUAAACUUUUCCUGCUCCUGAGCGUUCUCACUACUUAGAAUAAUGUAAUGUUGUCAGGGGCUUCCCUCGUUUUCAUGAUGGCAUUAAUGUUAACUACGUGAGUGACUGCGUGCUAGUGAGCUACCAACCAGAACAGGACUCUCCAACCCUGUUCCUGGAGAGCUACCCUCCUGUAGGUUUUCACUCGCAAACCCAGUUGUAACUAAUCUGAUUCAGUUUAUCAACAGCUCAUUUUUAGAAUCAGGUGUGCUAGAUUAGGGUUGGAGUGAACCUACAGGAUGGUAGCUCUCCAGGAGCAGGGUUGGAGAGCCCUGAACCAGAACAUUAAGCUAGCCAACACAAACGGACAAGCUAUAAAGCUACAAGUAGUGAGUGGAGAUCCAAACGGACUGUACUAAUCAAGUUAAAUGUCUUAUCUGUGAUAAAAUAUCUUCCACACACGUAGCUAAAGUGUAGCCUCCUUUGACACCGGGUCCCCACAAUUUCUCACUCUUCCACACCGAAUAGCCUGAAGCCACGUUUGAAGAACGUUUGUUUUCCCCAGUUGGUGGGCGUUGUCGAGGGCAGUUAAUUCUUAUGACAUGAAUACUGACUCGGAGUAAUACUGUACAGGAAGAGCCUGACAUGAAACACUGCGUGUGAAUGUUACUGUUCCACAUAAGACCUUUCAGCCUUAUGUUGUUUUUUAUUCUCCUACAACCCUGUUGUCACAGGGACCCAAGUGCAUUAACACAUUUUGUGUGACACAAUCCUUUUAUUUUGCACAUGAAUAUAUGUAACUCUAAUAAUGGAGACAAAGAAAUUAGUCAAACAUUUAAAAAAAAGUUGUAUCUGUAAAUCCUGUCCUUUUUCUUUCUUUUUUCUUUGAAAUUGAAUCAGUUACUAUUUGUUUUGUAAAGGAUGGUUUUCUAAUGUGUCGUUGAGAUUAAUUCUACAUGGGUAUAAAAAAAACAACGCUUACCACACAGUAUGGGCCUCUAUCGGAGUCUAGGACGUGAUUGGUUCUGCUCUGAGAUAUUGAUUACAUGAUUGUAGUGUGCAUCUCUGAGAAACUGUCAUGUUUGCGAUCGCCCACAAUGAUUGUGCGUUAGUGAAACAUACAGGUCCGUAGGAGAAACGGGUACAACAACAAAAAAACUUUUAGUUACGAGAACCAAGCUAUCAUAAGUGCUUUAUAUAGGCCUAUUUUGCAUUUUGUAGAAACAAAUAGAAUAUUCUAUAAUUGUGGUACAACAAAGGUCAACUAUUCUGCAUUUUGGACGGAUGUCUUUGUCAACUUGUGUAAUGAAAUUGUAAAGAUUUUGAUCGACAUUGGAAAAUUGUGUAUUAUAAUAUCAUACAACGCAUUUAUUCACAAAACUAGCUACAUUUAAAUCUGUCGUGGGAAAAUGUCAGUCUACAAUCAUUAGUUUUUUAGUUAGUGAAUGAUUAAUUUCUAUUUUAUUGUUGAGUAUAGAAUUGUUGUACUCUGGAAACAUUCAAUCUCCUUCAAUCAAUCAAAAGAGUGUGAAGGUGAAGAUACAGGGAACUCAAUGCACAGAUUAAAUGACCUAUUGAAUGAUGUGAUAAUAUUCUAUUGUGAAUAAUGGACAUCAUGCCAAAGAUAUUAUGCUGUUUCCACACGGGAUGUAAGGUGGUUGUGCACAUUUUCAGUUUUUUGUUCGAAAGGCAUUUUAUUACACCAGCGAAAUUGACACAUGUUCAAUAAAUGUAAACCAGAAAUACU